AUGUCGUCGCCGUCGAAUCGUCGGCAGCGAGACUCGCAGUCGACGACUCCACGUCGCCGCUCGACGCGCCAAUCCUCGCAACUCGCCUCGAGCCCCCUCUUCUUCCAGUCGUCGCCUGCCCAAGGGAGCGGGCAGCACAAUGGUGCCGACAGGGACGUCUCCUCGCCCUUGCGGCAGAUGACAGACUCGCAGACCCCUCGAGGCGAUGAUGACGAGGCUCAGCGAACCCCGAGAGCCAGCGGCCUCCUUGCUGGAGAGUCGUCGCCCAUUCGAUAUGAGCCCAGUUCUAGCCCCGGCCGCUCGUUGAGGCAGCAGUCGGAGCUGCGCAGCGAGAGUAGCGGCCUCUUCGUCGGAUCCCAACGGGGCACCUCUGCAGCGUACAGGCGCGGAGACAUCAACUCGGACUCGGCUAGGACGCCGCGUGCGCCCCGUCGCGUCAUCCUCGACGAUGCAGGCCAUGUGGUGCGCGAGGGUCAGACUCCCGGGUCAGACGCCGGGUCCUUUACCAACCGUGACCCCAACACCUCAGAGGCCGAUGCUCUCGGCGGCCAUGGUCAAAGUCUCAUUUGGGGCACCACCGUGUCUAUUGACGACACGUUCGCCUCCUUCAAGGACUUCUUGCGCAACUUCACCACAAAGUACCGCAUGUAUCGCGAUGGCAUGUCGGAUGACCAAGUCGCCGCCGAUCCCGAUGCCGAGUCCAAGCCGUACCGGGAGGCUCUGGAGAACAUGAUGCUCCUGGGCACCACGAGACUCUUCCUCGACAUCUCCGACCUCAACUUGUACCCGCCCACGCGCAAGCUCUGGCACCAGAUCCAGGCCUAUCCCCAGGAAAUCGUCCCUGUCAUGGACCAGUCGGUUCAUGACUUGAUGGUGGAGCUCGCCCGCGCCGACGGCCUCCGAAACCGUCCGUCGCAGAGCAGCGCCGGAAAUCAGGAUACACAGCAGGGCACGCAGAGCUCUGAGCCUGCCUUUCCUAGCUCCGACAGGCCCGAGGAUCCCGCGACUCCUCGACCGCCGCAAGACCAGCAGCCCUCGUUGGAGGAUCAGGUUGCCUCUUCCAUCUACGUCGUGCGCCCAUUCGGCCUCGAUCGCUCCAUCAACUUGAGAGAUCUAAAUCCGUCGGAUAUGGAUCGCCUCAUCUGCAUCAAAGGCCUCGUCAUCCGCGCCACACCCGUCAUCCCCGACAUGAAGGAUGCCUUCUUCCGCUGCAACGUCUGCAACCACUCGGUCAACGUUGGCCUCGACCGGGGCAAGAUCCGGGAGCCGACGGAGUGCCCCCGCCAGAUUUGCGGAUCAAAGAACUCGAUGCAGAUUGUCCACAACAGAUGCUCGUUUGAAGACAAGCAGGUCAUCAAGCUCCAGGAAACCCCCGACGCCGUGCCCGCCGGCCAAACGCCUCACUCCGUCUCCGUCUGCGUCUACAACGAGCUGGUCGACUUUUGCAAGGCCGGCGACCGCGUCGAGCUGACGGGCAUCUUUCGAGUCAGUCCUGUGCGCGUGAACCCUCGACUGCGAGCGGUCAAGAGCGUCUUCAAGACAUAUGUCGACGUCUUGCACGUGCAAAAGGUCGACAGGAAGCGUAUGGGGGCCGAUCCCUCGACCCUCGGCGUCACGGGCGAAGAAGAUGCCGCGCAGGACGGCAACGAGCUCGAGGAGACGCGCGCUGUCAGCCCGGAGGAAGAGGCAAAGAUCCGCGAGACGGCAGCUCGAGACGACCUGUACGACCUGCUUGCGCGUUCUUUGGCACCCUCAAUCUACGAAAUGGACGACGUCAAGAAGGGCAUCCUCCUGCAGCUCUUUGGCGGCGCCAACAAGACGUUUGAGAAGGGUGGCAGCCCCAAGUACAGAGGCGACAUCAACAUCCUGCUCUGCGGCGAUCCGUCGACGUCCAAGUCGCAGCUGCUGUCCUACGUCCACAAGAUUGCGCCGCGCGGCAUCUACACCAGCGGCAAAGGGUCCUCGGCCGUCGGUCUCACGGCGUACGUGACGCGCGACCCCGAGACGCGGCAGCUGGUGCUCGAGUCGGGCGCGUUGGUGCUGUCGGAUGGCGGCGUGUGUUGCAUUGACGAGUUUGACAAGAUGUCCGAGGCGACGCGCUCGGUGCUGCACGAAGUCAUGGAGCAGCAGACCGUGUCGGUCGCCAAGGCCGGCAUCAUCACCACACUCAACGCACGAAGCAGCAUCCUGGCCUCGGCCAACCCCAUCGGCAGUCGAUACAACCCAGACCUCUCGGUCCCCCAGAACAUUGACCUUCCCCCCACCCUGCUCUCCCGAUUCGACCUCGUCUACCUCAUCCUCGACCGAGUCGACGAGAAGACGGACAAGCGCCUCGCCAAGCACCUCUUGUCCCUCUACCUCGAGGACAAGCCGCAUUCGGCCCCAUCCGACAAUGAUAUCCUCCCCGUCGAGUUCCUCACGUCGUACAUCUCUUUUGCCCGGGCCCACAUCCACCCGACCAUCUCGGCCGAGGCCGCUCAGGAGCUCGUCGAAUGCUACAUUGCCAUGCGCGCGCUGGGUCAGGACGUGCGCGCGGCGGAGAAGCGCAUCACAGCCACGACGCGACAGCUGGAGAGCAUGAUUCGCCUCGCCGAGGCGCACGCCAAGAUGCGCCUGUCGGAGACGGUGACGAGGGACGACGUGCGCGAGGCCGACCGCCUGAUCCAGACGGCGCUCAAGACGGCCGCAACCGACGCCCAGGGCAGGAUCGACAUGAGCCUGCUGACCGAGGGCACCAGCGCCGCGGACCGCAAGCGGCGCAGCGAGCUCAAAGACGCGCUCUUGCGGCUGCUCGACGACAUGACGGCGGGCGGCAGCGCCGUGCGCUGGGGCGACGUGGCCAAGCGCCUAGGCGAGGGCGCCAGCGUGCCCGUCGAGACGGCCGAGUUCAACGAGGUGAUGCGCGCGCUCGAGACGGAGAAUGCCAUCAUGAUUACGGGCGAGGGGGCGAGGAGGAGCGUGAGGAGGGUGACGGCCGUUGCUUAA